AUGAAAGAUUGGGAGAAGAAUAGUUGUGCACAAGCUAACAAUGGAACAGCUAUAAUAUCUAAGAUAAAGGGAAAGAAAUCUACUAUUUCAGGUCAGGUUGACGAAAUGCCAAUUAGUAAUUUAUUACUUCAAGCGGAUGAGCCUAAAUGUAGCUUGAAAGAAAAUCCUUCAAGGAAACAUUGUAAUGGACGCAUAGAAACUGGUGUUGUCAAUCAGGUGGUUGAAAAAGAAGAUGGAUUAUAUACUAGGGUUGAGCAUGUAAUCGUAUAUAAUGGUUCCGCUGCUCUUGGGACAAAUUUAACACCUGGCAUCAACCCUUCACCAAAACUAGAAUCAACUGCAGAGAAUGAUUCACAAACUGUCGACUGUGAGGCAACUUGUGCGGGCACAAGCGCAGUUCUUGCUUCAAAAUCCAAUGAGAAUAAAAUAAAAUCCCAGGUCAAUGAAAUGAUGUUACUAUGCAGUAAGAACUCUCCAAUCAUGCCUUCUCCUUGUAAUAACAGGAUUCGCAUGACAAGAAAUGAAGGUAAGGAAAAGUCCUUAUCAGAUGAAGAUUCAAAUGUCAAUUUACCAAAUGAGGAUGACGUCCAUACAAGUUUUGAAAGUUGCCAUAGUUCUGGACUACUUUUGGCAGGUAAGAAGAGAAGCAACUUUCUACAAGGGAUAAUUGGGAAUAAAAAAUUAAAAAAACCUAUUCAAGAAACUUCAUAUUCUAAUGUUCAAACGGAUAGCUCAUUCAUGAACUUGAUUUCAAACAUGAUGAAACGAUGCGCACAAUCAACUCAAGAUGAGGACAAGUCUUUGGCUCUUAACCUUGAAAAUCCUAAUCACCAUCUUCAACAGCCUGAUCAGAAACUUUUCACAUGUAAAAGGAAUCAAGAUCCAAAGUUAAGACAUGCAGGGUUCAGUUCCAAUUUUCAGUCAAUGCUUGGUGCGAAAUUUAAAAAUGUUGGAACAAGAAUAUCUCAAGUAGGAGAGGCUUCUAAAGAAUUUGCACCAGGAAAUAAGGUACAUGGAAUAGAUGCUGCUCCAGUUACCUUCUAUGCAGAGAACAAUAGCCUUUACAGACAGUAUUUGACAUCAAAUAAACUUGAAGUAUCUGAACGCAGACUUGCCUUUCCAUCCAUACCGCCUCAGACUAGUCCUGUUAAUUCUCUCAAUAGUCAUGAACACUGGGAAGAUAACUCAUUGGAGAAUGAAAAUUGUUACAAGCUGGGGCCAACUAGGGAGAAGGAAGGAAUGCCAUUACUGCCAUUACAUUUACCCUCAACUGGACAAAACAGAAAUAAUAAUGAGAAUGUUGAGUGGUAUGCACUGUAUGAGAGAAAGGAAAUCUGUCAUAAAAUUGAAACUGUGGAAGGACUUUGGAUAAAUCGGUUUUUACCAAAAUCAACUUCCCCCUUGACAGUUUUUGAUCACCUUAACAAGAGAGGUGAUUCUGAAGACCAUUUCACGCCUUGCUCAAUGCUUCCUCAAUCCCAUAAACACAUUUCUCUGAACAACUGCAAGACUGAAGAGGCCAGAGAACAAUCUGCUGAUGACCAACUGCUCAGGGAUCAAAAUUUACAUAAUUGUUGUAGCAAUGAAGAGAAUUCCACUGUCCUAAAGGAUGAUAAUGGAAGUCAAUAUCACUCAGCAACGCAUAAGUUCAAGUCGUUUACACCUUUCCCAGGAUUGAGAGAUUCAAGGCCAAUUAUAUCCAUGUUUGCAAGAAGAUUAGGUGCCAUCAAACAAUGGCAACAUAUAGAGUAG